AUGGAGUCAAUAGAAGAAAUUAACAAAGAAUUGGAAAGCAAGCUUAAAAGGCUUGAAGAGGAUAUUAUAAGCGUAAUGGAGUACAAUAACAAGUUGAAAGAGAUGCUGGAGGCUCUCAAGGCCGAGGAAAGGCUUACCCUCGAAUGGCUUCUUGAAUGCCUCGACAACACCAAGAAGUUUGUUCAGAAAGCUCCCAGCAUGGACUUCUUUGUGUAG